AUGGGAAACAAGCAACUGGAUAGGCAUUCGGUGAUGGAGAUACACCAAAAAACAAACCUUCCGAUCAGAGAAAUUAAAGAAUGGUAUGCUCUGUUUUAUCGACAAUUCCAAGAUGUCAGAAUUUCAAAAGAACGAUUUGCUUCUGCAAUGAAAAUACAGAAUCUUCCUUCAAGUUAUGAAGUCAUCAGCCCGGCUUCAUCUUUGCCAUCCUCAACCAUUCAAAACGGAGGCGAAGAUAAACAACAACAACAACAGAUGACAACUCAAUCAUGGGACACCUCUAAUUAUGAUCAAUCUGAAAAACCAACACUACCCAAUAGAAAUGGAGAAGAAACAAUUUCAACAACAUCAACAGCACCACCAGAGGCUCAGGGUAGCCCAAAUUUUAAUCAACGCCAAGAGAACAUAACAGGUACUUCCUCUCCACAGCCAGGUUCACAAAACAACUCAAGUACCAUUUCCAAGAAUUCUUUCAAUACUUCACCCGGUGUAAUUUCUUUUCCUGAUCUCAUGUUUGAAACGUCACACGUGAUGGCCUCUAAAUAUUUCUUUGCUCACGAAUAUUUGCCACCCAAACGAACACAUGCUCAUUUCCAUAAUCUUUUACCAACUUAUGAUAUUUAUGCAAAAGGAAACAAAGUAAUAACUGCAGAUUUUGUCUUUACCACUAUAACAUGUCCUCAACUUGUGGAAGAUACUGAUAAUCCGUCACGAAAGAAACAACACUCCUCGUCAAGCCUUUCAUUUCGUGACAUGGCCAUAUUUUUCGAAAUCAUUUAUAAUUAUCUACAAUUAAGGCCAUUUGAGCUUGAGAAACUUCCGAAACAUUUGCAAGAUCCAGACUCUUGUGCGAGAUUUGUCUUUCAAAAUAUAUUGAAUCAUUUUGGUAUUGAUUGCACCAAAGAAAGCAUGGAGACAAAAACUGUUUCCAAGUCACAAUUUAUCGACUAUUGUACUUUUAAAAUGUCACAAGAAGGAGACAUUUCAAAUUAUGCGAAUAGCGCCCAACAGAUGUGA